AUGCCUUCAUUUGCGGUUCGAAAAGUGCUUCAAGAACGGUACAAUGCCGACAGGCGCCAUAUUUACGACUACUUUCACAGCCGUGGUUUGCGGGUGGUGAGGAAAGAAAAGGUAAACAGUGGCGUAGAAACCCCUGUCUCUCAGUCACCAGUAGGUUCAACUGCACCCUGCAUGAUGGUCUCCAAUUUUUUAAAAUAUACUUCUUGUUGCGUAGCACCACAGAAUUCGUUUUUCGAGACUGCGCUCGCGUCCUCACCGCAAUAA